AGGGAGCUAAAGAGAGGCCGAGCAGCAGCACCACCAGGAAGGAGAAGGAGGAGGGGGUGAGACCCACGACCUCCCGCUCCCACCCCACCAUGUCCCUGGUGGAGACCAUACGGCUGUGGCAAGAAGGGGUGUGCGCGGCGGACAGGAAGGAGUGGAGAGCAGCCCUGGAGGCCUUCACAGCCGUCCAGAACCCCCCUGCCAAAAUCUGCUUUAACAUCGGCUGCCUCCACCUCGUCCUGGGGGAGCUGGCCGAGGCGGAGGAGGCGUUCACCCGGAGCAUCAGCUGUGACAAGCACCUGGCGGUGGCUUAUUUCCAGCGAGGGACCGUGUUCUACCGGAGGCAGAACCAUGAAAAGGCCAUCAAGGAUUUCAAAGAGGCACUGGCCCAGCUGCGAGGCAACCAGCUCAUCGACUACAAGAUCCUGGGGCUGCGGCACAAGCUCUUUGCUUGUGAGAUACUCUAUAACAUUGGGCUGGUGUAUGCCACGAUAGAGGACUGGAAGAAAGCUGAGGAGCACUUGACACUGGCCAUGAGGGUGAAGAGCGAGCCCCAGCACAACAAGAUUGACAGGGCGAUGGAAGCCAUCCUGAAGCAGAAGCUCUGUGACCUGGUGGCCAUUCCCACAGGGAAGCUGUUCAGACCAAAUGAAAAGCAAGUGGCUCAGCUGGAGAAGAAGGACUACCUGGGGAAGGCUACGGUGGUGGCAUCCGUGGUGGACAAGGAUGAUUUUUCAGGAUUUGCUCCACUCCAACCACAGGCCUCUGGUCCUCCACCCAGGCCCAAGACCCCAGAAAUCCUCAGGGCCCUCGAAGGGCAGCCGCACCGCGUCUUGUACGAGUUCAUCCCUGAAACCGCCGAGGAGCUGCAGGUCCUGCCAGGAAACAUUGUCUUUGUACUGAAGAAAGAGAAGGACAACUGGGCUACGGUGAUGUUCAACGGAAAGAAAGGGAUCGUCCCCUGCAACUUCCUCGAGCCCAUGGAACUCCUGAACAAGCUGCAUAUCCAGGAAGAAACCCCUCUUGAAGCUGAGAUCCCAGAGCCACCCAGCUCCCCUGCUCCAGAGAAGCCACGGCGGCCAGCACCAGACUACGCUCCUCCUCCUGCAACGCAGCCGAGAGAUGCAGCAAAGGAGGCCGAAGGAGCCAUCUCCAGCCCCCAUGUCCUCAAGGUGCAUUACAAGUACACGGUCGCCCUGCAAGUUGAGCCAGGCUCCUCCUACAAGGAGCUCCUGGACCUGGUUUGCAAGAAGCUGGAGCUGCAGCCCGAGCACACGGAGCUGAGCUACAAGCCUGGAGACAGCCAAGCGCUGGUGACUCUGAGCACGAAGAACCUGGAGGCAGCUUGGAGCCAGAGCAAGGACAACUGUCUGACAGUCUGGUGUGAAAUCACAGAGGGAGAGGGUUUUUUACCAGACAGCAAGCCAGAGGAGCCACCACAAGAGGCAACACCAGAGGAGACGGGACCAAACCAAGUUGUAGCGCAGUACAAUUAUGAAGCCACCCAACCUGAAGACCUGGAGUUUCAGGCAGGAGAUGUGAUACUUGUUUUAUCCAAAGUGAAUGAAGACUGGUUAGAAGGCCAGUGCAAUGGAAAGAUCGGCAUCUUCCCAUCUGCUUUUGUUCAGAACUCUAACACCAAAGACCUGGAGAUGUGAUUUCAGAAGAGCUUAAAGAUGUGGACAUGGAAAGAAAUUAAGAAUUCAACUGCUACAAUUAAGAAGUUUCCAUAUUAAUCACUGCAUUUGAAAAUUGACUUAAAAUAUUAUUGCUUUUUCUAUUUUAUUUUACCUUUUUCAUCAGUACCUAGAGAACAAUGCAGAAGUUGUUCAUUGUUUUCCUGUUAGGAAUACAUUCAGUCCUAAAACCUGUGCUUACCAAGAGACUUGCUAGUUAAUAGCUCUGUCCCACCUUCCCUACCCUUAGCAGACCUUUUAUAGAGACAAGCCACCAUCUGAGAAAACCCCAGAGAGAGUGGUCCCACCUGCAUUUACAGCCCUGCCACCAGAUCCAGAAGAAGAAAUGGCAUUCAGCAAACUGCACACCAGGAAAGGCUGAACUUCCAACAGCAUUUACUUCCUUAAAACAUUGCUGCUAAGCCCAAGAACUUAAACAAGAGAUGCUGUGCAGCCUUGCCCUGCUCCAAUGGACUUCAAAACCACGACGACUUUAAAAACACCCACCAAUAA